AUAUUCAAAAAUUACCGUGCCACAAUGCCGGAUACUUGCAUGGCAUAUAAAUGCCACAACAGGAGAGGUCAGAAAACAGGAAGAAAGUUUCAUAGGCUGCCACGGGACCCUGACAGGCGCGCAAAAUGGAUUGCUGCUAUCGGAAGUUUGUGUGGAUUUAUAUGUAAAUCCACACAAACAUAUAUGUUUUUGUUAGAAUUGUGGAUGUAUCGUAAAGGUAUUCUAUGAUGGCUCUCUGUUUUUUUUAUGUCGUGGUCGUGAAAACUCCGUCCGGUAAGCCAUAAGGGUCACAAAUCUGUAGACCGUUUAUUUUAGACAUGUAUCUAAUUAUCUGAUCCAAACAACAAGAACAAGGCAUGGGUACCGACUGGAAGGAGCGAUCACUGGCGCCUGUGCAGUGACCAUUUCAUCUCAGGGUUUUUAUGCCCUAAGAGAUGUAAAAGCAUGCCGAUAUCUCCACCCACAAUGUCUGAAGUGAGAAUUGUGCUGCUGGGGGAAAAUGUUCUCCUGACCAGUAGAGUGGGAAACUUCAUCCUGGGCAGAUCUGCAUUUGAGACUGAACUUCAUCUUCCUUCAGUAAAGCUGCACAGUGAGAGAGCCAGUGGUCACGUGGAGGGAAGAACCGUCAUCAUCAUCAACACGCCUCAUCUCUAUAAUCCAGAUCUCUCUCAGGAGGAACUGGCUCAGAGAGUAAAGGAGUGCAUUUCUCUCGCUCAUCCUGGACCUCAUGUGUUUCUGUUAGUGCUUCAGUCAGAAAAAUUCACACAUGAGCAACACGACAGAGUCAGAAGCAUAUUGGAAACUUACAGCCCGCUGUCUCGGAAACGCUCAAUAAUGAUAACUACAGGUGAAGACCAUGGAUUCAUCAGUGAAUGUGAAUUUAGACACCACAGAAUUCAGAAUGUAUCUAAAUUCAAUAAACAUCAGGUCCUUCAGCUUUUGUGGAAAAUAGAUGCAGUGGUGAAGGAGACCGGGGGAAGUGCGCUACAAGAGAAGAAACACUCAGGAACACUGAGAAGACAUCAGGAACAUUUAAGUGAAAAAACAGCAAAAACAGUAAAGGAACAACUGGAGGAGAGUAAAGUGUCUGAAGUGAGAAUUGUGCUGCUGGGGGAAAAUGUUCUCCUGACCAACAGAGUGGGAAACUUCAUCCUGGGCAGAUCUGCAUUUGAGACUGAACUUCAUUUUUCUUCAGUAAAGCUGCACAGUGAGAGAGCCAGUGGUCACGUGGCGGAAAGAACCGUCAUCAUCAUCAACACGCCUCAUCUCUAUAAUCCACAUCUCUCUCAGGAGGAACUGACUCAGAGAUUCAAGGAGUGCAUUUCUCUCGCUCAUCCUGGACCUCAUGUGUUUCUGUUAGUGCUUCAGUCAGAAAAAUUCACACAUGAGCAACACGACAGAGUCAGAAGCAUAUUGGAAACUUACAGCCCACUGUCUCGGAAACGCUCAAUAGUGAUAACUACAGGUGAAGACCAUGGAUUCAUCAGUGAAUGUGAAUUUAGACACCACAGAAUUCAGAAUGUAUCUAAAUUCAAUAAACAUCAGGUCCUUCAGCUUUUGUGGGAAAUAUAUGCAGUGGUGAAUGAGACCGGGGGAAGUGUGCUACAAGAGAAGAAACACUCAGGAACACUGAGAAGACAUCAGGAACAUUUGAGUGAAAAAACAGUAAAGGAAAACCUGGAGGAGAGUAAAGAAUUAAAAGAGACUCCACAUUUGAACCUAGUGCUGCUGGGAAUGGAAGAAUUAACGGCCUCAGUGUCUAAAAUAUUAUUGGGUAAAAAGUCCUCACUGGUCCAGUCAGAGUCCAGCUCCGAGUGUGUGGUAAGGAAGGGAGAAGUGUGUGGAUACCUGAUAACGCUGGUGGAGAUGCCCGCUCUCUACAACACUCGACUCUCAGAACAGGAAGUGAUGCGUCAGACUCGACACUGUGUCUCUGUCUGUGAUCCUGGAGUCCAUGCUUUCUUUAUCAUGGUUCCUGGAGGUCUCAGUGAUGAAGAUAAAGCAGAAAUAAAGAUGAUUCAGAGGGUCUUCAGCUCCAGCAUUAAUGACCAUGUCAUAUUCCUCAUCAACCAGCAGUCGCAGAAGGAACAGAUAGAUCAGACUCUUCAGUCUGUGAUAAAGACACAUGGAGGACGAUCUAGAUUCUACAGCAGCAAAACAAAAGCAGAUGAUCUGUUUAUCUGUGUUAAAGAUCUUCUUAAAAACAACAACAAUCGUCUGUACACGAUGGCCAUGUACGCUGAUGCCCAGGUUGAAACACAGCUGCAGUACAAAAGAGAAAUUGAAAAUCUGCAACAACAAGUGACUGAACUCAAGAGGAGGACUCAAACAGAAGAUUUAUCAAAAAGCCCUGACGCUCUCAGAAUUGUGCUGUUGGGGAAGACAGGAGUUGGGAAGAGCGCAUCAGGAAACACCAUUCUGGGGAAAAACGUAUUUCAAGAAAUUAUGUCACUUCAGUCAGUUACCACUGCGUGUCAGAAAGAGACAGUAGAGCUCGGUGGGAGACGGAUUACUGUGAUCGACACUCCAGGACUGUUUGACACAAAUACUGAUAAUGAAGAAAGCAAGAAAGAGAUUGUUAAAUGCAUAUCGAUGGCAGCACCUGGUCCUCACGUGUUCCUGCUGGUGCUGAAAAUCGGACAACGCUUCACACAGGAGGAGAGAGAGGCAGUGAAAUUCAUUGAAAAGACUUUUGGUAGAAAAUCUAACACAUACACCAUCGUACUCUUCCCCUUUGGUGAUCUACUUAAUGAACAGCCAUUUGAACAGUUUAUUCAAACUGCUGGGCCAGAAGUAAACAAACUUCUGUGGGCCUGUGGUAAACGAUAUCAGGUGUUCAGCAACGGUGAUAAAUCCAGCAACACUCAGGUGUCAGAGCUCCUGGAUAAAAUCGACUCAAUGGUGAAGGUGAACGGAGGAGGCUACUACACUAAUGAGAUGUUCCAAGAGGUCGAGGAAACUCUAGAAAAGGAAAAGGAGAGAAUACUGAAAGAGAGAGAGGAGCAGAUAGAGAGAGAGAAAGAAGAACUGAAGACCAAGCAUAAAGCUGAAAUGGAGGACAUGAGGAGAGAGAUGCAGAAACAAAAAGAAAGACAAGAGGCAGAGGAGAGAAGAAAAGAGGAAGAAUUUAAACAGAGAGAAGAGCAAAUAAAAAGAGAUAUGGAAAAAAGGGAACAACAGGUAAGACAGGACUUUCAGAAGAGAAAAGAUGAUGAUGACAUGAAGAUGAAGGAAUGGAUGCAACAAAUAAACAGAGAGAGAGAGGAGAACAGGAAACAGUGGGAGAGACAAAGACAGGAAGAUCAGAAACGGAGAGAUCAGGAGGAGGAGGAAAGGAGGAGGAGAGAACAAGAAUGGAAGGAGAAACAGAGAGCAGAAAAUGAGAAGUUUCAAAAAGAAAAAGAAGAAAUGAAAAUUAAAAAAGAAAAAGAAUUAAAGAAACUACAACAGGAGUAUAAACAGAAGGCAGCAGAAGAAGACAGUAGAAGAAGGGAUUUAGAAGAAAAGAUAAAGGAUGCAGAGGAAAGUAAAAAGAAGGAACUACGGGAUCUUCAGUUAUCUCAGCAACGAGAGUGGGAGCAGAGGAUGAGGGAGGAGGAGGAGGAGAGAAACAAACAGCAGGAGGUCUGGGAGGAAAGAAUUGCUGCUAUGGAGGAUGAAUGGCAUUCAGAUCAGAUUAGGAAGGAGAGGCAAUAUGAGCAGGAAAGACAGAAAGAAAAGGAGGAGAGAGAUUUAAGAGAGAAGGAAAGAAAAGAGAAAGAAGAACAAGAAAGGAAAAGAAUAGAAAAUGAAUUGAAUGAAAAGAUCAGAAAUAUGGAGGAACAACUAAAGGCACAAAGAGAAAAAGAUGAGAGAGAAAGAAAGGAAAAGGAGGAAGAACACAAAAAAGAAAUGGAGGAAAAACUACGGAAACAACAGGAAGAUUUCAGAAAGGAGAAAGAAGAAGAAGAAAGAAAACACAAGGAGGAGGAGGAGAGAAAUCUUGCCUUCACUACAGAGCAGCACAAGAAAGAACUGGAGACCCAGAAAGCACAGACAGAAGCAGCAGCCAGGAAACAGGCAGAGGAAGAAUUUAAAACUCAACUUGAUGCAGAAGUUAAAGAGGCGAAGCGUAAAGGGUUUGCAGAGGGCCGUGCACACGUCGAGUCAGAAAGAACAACACCAGGCAGAGCUAUCGAUGGAUUUAUUAAUUAUUUCUACUAAAAUGAAGAACAAAAGGAAACUGAAUGAAAGCUUGUUUGAAAUUCAUUCAGACUUGAUGUUUUUAAUCCACAUUUUUUAGUUAAUAUCAGUUUAUCAGUAGAUUAACAUGUGAUUUAUAUCAACAGCAUUAUGCUUUGUUUCAGGUCGGUUUGCCUCUAUUUUAAUUACAUUGUGGGUUUUUUGUCACAUAAAAUUAGAUUCUGUAUUUUUUAAUAUAAAUAUCUUAUUUCUGUUUCUGCGGUUACUGAUCUACUGGGGUUUAAAUCUGAAGCACAACGACGCAGUUACACUCCAUAUUCCUUUAUUUUACCUCCAAAUGGACCAUUAAUCAAUCAGAGAUGCACGACAUGGACAAAAGUCCCUGAAUAUAAUAUAUUUGUGUUUGUUGUGUGCAUUAAUAUGGAGUUCACGCACUCUUCACUGCUGUAACAGACCAAUUCACAGAUACCAACAUCACUAACAAGAAAUUCACAGCACAGAGAGAAACACAUUGUUACCACUGAUCGUGUAUAUCAGUGGAGAAAACGGAUAUUUAACUGCAAUUUGCAGAAAUGUUUGUAUUUAAAAGCAACCAGCUGAAUGCAUAAACAAAUAUUAUUUGGUUAUUAUACAACAUUUACAGAAGUGUAGUUGCUCUGCAGUGUGCUCCAUGUCCAUAGAACAACAAACUGCCUUUAAAUGCAGUGGAAGAGUUUUAUUACCUCGCCGGGGCGGAGUCCACCAGGGGGCGAGGCAUUGUUUUCAGUGGGGUUUGUUUGUUUGUUUGUAUGUUUCUUUGUUUUUUGUUAAUGAUACUACAGGAAAACAGCUGGACCAAUCCUCAUGGUACCCUCUAUACUGAAAUAUCUUAAAUGGCGACUCGCACAGUACUUUCAGCUCGGUUCUUGUUCUUGUUUGUCACAGAUAAAAUAAUUGCAAAUUAUGUAUGUAAACAAAGUGCUGUAAUCUUUGAAAUAAGCAUUUUUUCAUUGCUAUGCUUACUAUUAUUAUAAAUAUAAUUUUUGUUAUACAUUUUAAAAUUAUUCAUAUUCAAAUCUCCAAAUUUGAUAAAUCAUCACAUUUAAAAUGUUGUUCUGAAUGAUUUCAUUCCUGGCCAUCUGAAAGACACACAGAGACACAUUAAUAAACAGCCAGUAAUUAGAUGCAGGUGUUACAUGUUUAUUCCAUGUUCCCUGUUGGUUCAGCCUGACUCCUCGCUGUUAACAGCUGACGCUCAGCCACGCCCUCACUGCCACAAUCUCGUUAUAACUGUAUUCCAAAACUUUGGUUCCCUAUUAAAAAAAUAAAUAAAUAAAUUCACUUCAA